UCGUAAUGUCUGGAAAUCACAAAGCGGGAAUUAAAUAUCCUUCAGAAUAUGUCAAGCUCAAUAUCGGCGGUUCCUUACACUACACUACUUUAGGGACACUCCAAAAACAUGAUACUAUGUUACGAGCUAUGUUUAGUGGUCGCAUGGAAAUUCUUACAGAUCCCGAAGGGUGGAUAUUAAUAGAUAGGUGUGGAAAACAUUUUGGAACAAUCUUAAAUUUUCUAAGAGACGGAUCAGUUCCAUUACCAGAAAGUACGAGAGAAAUGGCAGAAUUGCUUGCAGAAGCAAAAUAUUAUUGCAUUACCGAGCUAGCUGAAUCUUGUGAACAAGCACUUCUUCGAAAAGAGAGAGAAGCAGAACCUAUUUGUAGAAUUCCACUUAUUACUUCUCAGAAAGAAGAACAAUUAUUAAUUAGUAGUACUACUAAACCAGUAGUGAAGUUGCUUGUUAAUAGACAUAAUAACAAGUAUUCAUAUACAAGUACAUCAGAUGACAAUCUCUUGAAAAACAUAGAAUUGUUCGACAAAAUGUCCCUUAGAUUUGGUCGUAGAGUAUUAUUUAUUAAAGAUGUGAUUGGCUCCAGUGAAAUUUGUUGUUGGACAUUUUAUGGUCAUGGUCGCAAAGUUGCAGAAGUUUGUUGCCACUCCAUUGUUUAUACAACUGAUAAAAAACACACAAAGGUUGAGUUUCCAGAAGCCAGAAUUUAUGAAGAAACAUUAAAUAUUUUGUUAUAUGAACAUCGAAAUGGUCCAGAUCAAGAAUUAAUGCAAGCAACAUCAUCACGUGGUGCAGUCAGUGGUGCACCACCUUGUACAUCAGAUGAAGAAGAGGGUGAGCGUUCAGGCUUGGCUCGCCUUCGCUCCAACAAACAAAAUACCAACUGACCCAAUCUUACCUCUCUUACCCCUCCUAAUCCAGCGACUCUUAGCGUCGUUCGAGUCCUCGCCCUUAAGACACGAGCCAAUACAAAGUAAGAUGUGUGAAAAAAAAAUGUACACAAAAUUUUAUAUACAUGCAUAUUUAUAGAUAAAGAUAUCUAUACAUAUACAUACAUAUAUAUAUAUGUAUGUAUAUGUAUAUCUAUGUAUUCUCUUGAGCGAAAAAUGAACAGUAUGAUUAAAAGUGAUUAUUAAUUAUAUUAUGCAUUGCAUUUCAUUGCAUUGCAUUGUCUUACUCACUUCUUUGAUCUAUAUCUAAACAUCCUAAUUAUUUCACAUAUUUGAAAUCAUUUUUAGAACCGAAUGACACAAUUCGUUUUGGAUUUAUAUUAUAAGAUAUCGAUAUGUAAAAUAUAAGAAUACGUUUUCGUAUUUUUUAUUUUCACAUCGUAAAUUUGAAAAUAAGUAUUUUAAGAGAACACAUAUACGAGUACUACUUAUGUGCCAAAUGUUCGUGUCAGAUGUAAAACAAGAAUAAGUCGAAGUUGCCAUUUUGUGACUGAUGGAAUUAUUUACUCUUAUACUCUAUAACAACUUUUAAGCAGUUAUUAAGAUUAAGAAAAUACAUAAGAAACUUACAAAAUAUAAAAUUAUGUUAUUACAAAUAUUAUUAUUUUUAUAUAAUUAUAUUAUUAUUAUUAUUUGAUUAAGAUGCUUAACAUAU